GGCGAGAGAGCCGGCAACCAUGGAGGUUCUCUUGUUUAUCGUUCAUUUCGGCGUGUUUUUUGGCUAUAUUUGUGGAUUGUAUUAUGACGUUAAACCACCAAAGGGUUCAGAAUAUGAAGUGGCAUAUUGGGCAUUUGGAGGGCGAUUUAAGUACCUGACUUUCUUGGAUAUGGAGCUUGAACUGAUUAAGGAACAAUGAGUGUGUUUCCAUCAUUAAUACACUUAUUUGUAUUUAUCAUUUGGUCAGUGGGAGUUUACGUUGAUGCUUGGUUAUUAAACCCACCUCUUGAUGACCCCCAUUAUGAUUUUGACUUCAAUCAGUAUGGAGGACGUCUUAAGUACCUUACAGUACUGAACAGUCUUCUACAGUGUGGAUACUUUGGGCUGUGUGUUGCCAAUGAUUUAUUUGGGUCCGAAGCAAAGAUCCAGAAGCAGCAGAGUGCACUUCAGAAAUACCGUGAUUGGCUUUUCACUACAUUAGUGUUUCCUAUGGGCUUGUUUGUCUCCAUUAUAUUUUGGGGCCUUUACUCAAUCGAUCGAGAACUGAUAUUCCCAGCCACAUUAGACUUGUGGUUCCCUGCCUGGCUUAAUCAUGUGAUGCACACAUUACCUGCAAUUGGAGUUCUGAUUGAAGUUUUCAUGGUACAGCACACUUACGAAACUGGAGUGAAGCGCUUUAAACCAAUUGUUGCAGCUUACUUCAUGUAUCUUUUCUGGAUCUGCUAUAUUGCCUAUUUUGGUGGACUAUGGGUAUAUCCUGUAUUUGAGGUGUUUGAUGUGACAGGGAGAACUAUAUUCUUUGCUGCACUGCUCUUCCCAAAUCUCUUUUUUGUACUUCUGGGACAGAAAAUCCACACAACAGUAUGGGGUGCAGAUGAAGAGGGAAAGAAAGAUAGGAAAACUGAGUGACUCAUGUGAUAAUGGGUAAAUAAGGUGAUAAGGGCACAUUUUCUACUAAACCAAUGAAAAGUUUCAGGUAUAGUUCUAAAAUGCAUGAGUACGGGCUGAUUCAUAGUACAGUAUUCAUAUUUUAGUUUUUGGUAGAAGAACCUUUGUUAUGUUGUUUUUGUAAAUAUUACUAAAUACCACGGCAUGUGUGGAUUGUGUUUAGAGACUUUCAUUGACGAGUAACGUCUUGUUCAUUGGGAGCAAGUAUCUCUACCUGUUGACUUAAAAUGCAAGCAUUAUAUCACUGUACUUUUUUUAUUCAGUAUUCAGUGCAACUUACCUUAAGGGGAAGCAAUUUUGAAGACUAGGUUUUCCCUAGUUUAGGUUAUCAAAGAAAUGUUUAACUCAUUAACAAUAAUGUUGGCAACUAACAAAGUCUAGUAGAACAUUAGAUGACAGAUUUUUAACCCCUGUUUGAAUGUGUACUACCUAAGUUUGUCACUAUUUUUAUGUUUGAAUAUGCAUGUUGCACUUGGUGCCUAAUUGUUACACUGUACAGAUUUAAGAUUUUCAGAUAUAAAGCAUUUUUAAUUA